AAUGACAAUUGCAGUGAAGCUCCUAAUCGCUAGGACGAUGAAUGAGUUUAAUGCCAGAAUCUACCAUCAGUAGCCCUCAAAAUGAUGAACCCUAUCCGAUAUGUAUUUAUUGGACUGCUUCUUUGUUCGUUUAUUUCGCAAAAUGAUGUAGGACCUACGGUCAAACAUGUACUUGAGUACAUGUACACACGCUUCAAUUCCUCCCACUAUGAAGUCGCUGGGUUGUUGGAUGGAGAACUGGUGGACUUCUACAGCAGUGCCCUCAAGUCCCCUGUACCUAAAAAAAUCUGGAAUGAAGAAAGUACGAGCUUUGGAUAUAAUGACUGGCAGGAAAUUCUUUCAGCUCGACAGAAAGUUAAUACGUAUUUUUUAUCCAGUGCUGUAGAUCUGAGGAGGCACUUUGUAAAACAUCCCUUAAGAGGUGAUAUUGUGCAGAUGAAACUUGGUUGUACUGUGGAUAUAACCAUCAUUGAAAGAAAAAAAACAGAGAAAGCCGUUGGCUUUGCUGAGUUUGCCUAUGAUGGAAACACAGUGCUGUUCCUCAGUGAUAACUCAAGUAUGUGGAUCCCAAAAGAUGUAUAUGCUCACGAUAUUCAUGAUAUCGUACACAAAUGGAACACGCAAAGCAUGAAAGACCACUUGACCAACUUUGUGAAUGUGGACUGUCCAGUGGCACUUGAUCGUUUCCGAUUAUUAGAGCGCACAAACUCAUCUGCUCCAAAGGUCUACACUGUCCCUGGCGGCUCUUUAAAACCUGGGUUGAUCAACCUGACUUGUUUAAUUACCGGAUCCUAUCCAAAGUCAUCACCCAUUGAGCUGAACCUGUUUAGGGACAACAUCCUCCUAACAGAGAUGGAGGGUGUCCAUUCCUCAGGAGUCAGACCUAACGAAGACCACACCUACCAGCUGAGGAAGACGGUGAGGAUCGACACCUCCGAGUCUGUCGUUUAUCGAUGUGAUGUCAAUCAUAAAAGCUUCCCUAAACCCCGGAAUUACACUUGGGAGGUGAAAAAACAAGAGGGAUCAAAUAUUCGAAUUUACAUUGGACUAUGCAUAUUGUUGCUUUUCAUACUGGGGAUUGUUGUACCGUUUUUCAAAAACAGAUGGAGAUCUGAGCCUAAUAGAUAUUUGGCUGGUGAGUAAAGUCUAUUAAACCAAAUGAAUGUCAGCCCAACUUAAACAGAGACAAGGGUGCUCAACCAAUGAAUACAGUGCAUUAUAUUAACCAAGGUACUAACCAUGCUGGUUAAUGACUUAUUCUCUUUAUUUAGAUUCAUAUUUUGUUAGAAGUGUUAAAACACUGGCUUGAUCAGAGCCAUACAGACUCUUCUCCAUGUGGAACCAAACAUUGUAUGAUACUGUACGUAGAACAUAGGUUCUAGACUAAUGUGAAAGGAUUUCCCCCAGCUAAUCCUGGAAAGAAUGCUGCCCUGGGAGUUCAAGAUGGAGGUAGUUUGAUUGAUCAAGGAGGUGAUGCCACUUCUGUCGAUCUGUCCACUGAGAGAGAAGAUCUUACAAAUGCACCCGAUGCUGAAGGUGAAAACGAUGAAGCCUAUGGAAGUCGUGGAAGCUCUGAUUCAGACCUGUCACAGAUUCAAAUAACCUAAUUGGAAUUCAACACAGACCCAGCUGACAACUAGUACAGGGUCUUAAGUAGGUACUUUGAAACACUCUGAUCCGAUUGUCAAUUUCCAAGCGUUUUACGUGCCAACUGAAGAAAACCCAGAGUUUAUAAUUAUGCAUUACCUCUGCCUGGGAUCAAGUUACCAGAGGUAACUGACUACAAGAGGAGACACUCAACACUAACAUGGACUGACACACAAUACAGUAAAGAAUACUGAGGAAAUGAAGGGCUUGUUAGGGACAUUUCCUUGUGUCCUGAUCGUUGUCUGGCUGUUAUCACAGAGCUCAUUACUAAGAUGGUGAUAGAUAUUUGACUAUAUAUUUGUAAUGUUUCUGUAAAGCAGGCUAGUUACGUCCUGUGUGGCUCAGUUGGUAGAGCAUGACACUUGCAACGCCAGGGUUGUGGGUUCUAUUCCCACGAGGGAGCAUUAUGAAGUAUGAAAAUAUAUGCACUUUCUUCUGUAAGCUGCUCUUAUUUUGUAAAUGUACUCGGAUGUCACGACUUCCGCCAAAGUUGGCUCUCCUGCCUGUUCGGGCGGUGCUCGGCGGUCGUCGUCACCGUCCUACUAGCCACUACCGAUCCCUUUUUCGUUUGUCUGUUGGUUUUGUCUUAUUAGUUUCACCUGUGUGUAUUUUUGUUUAAUUAACGCCCUUAUAUGUAGUAGGUUGUCCCGCCCUUGUUUUGUGCGGGAUUGUUUUUGUAUUCAUGUCAUUUGGUGUAGUACUUGUGUUUUAUUCUCCGGUCUAUUUUGAUCCUGUGUUUGAUUAUUCACCCUGUGUGUUGGGUUGACCGUGUGUUUUAUUCUUUGGUCUAUUUUGAUCCUGUGUCAGUUUAUUCACCCUGUGUGUUGGGUUGACCGUGUGUCUUUGUGCGCCGGAGUAUAAACUGUCGAAUCACUAAA